UCCUCGCAAUUUCGAUUCCACCAUCCUCACCGAUUUUGGUUGCAAUUUCUACUCUCUUCAACCUCAACCUUCUGGAUUCCCUCACUCUCACCGGAUUGACUUCAAUGUCCUUGGAACCUCCACUACUACUACUACUACUCCACUCAUCAAAGAAUCCGCUGGAUUAUCAGACGCUCCUCUUCCUUUCCUUUCUAAUCCUUGUCUCUCUUUCAACUCCAGCGUGCAUCCGGUCGAACUUCCCCCAUUAUGUAAUUUUAUGGAGGUAGUUUUGUAAAUUGGAUUGAAACAGGGGCUAUUCAAUGUGUAUGCAUUAAAAUAUAGGUUCUGUCAUAUAUAUCACGGUCUGAAGUUGUAGCUGAACUUGCUUUCAUCUUCAGUUUCUAUCACUAUUUAAAGGUUUUCAUCAUUAUUCAUUUGGUGGCUAAAUAUUACUCAUGGGACGUUUCUAGAGAAUGCAAGACCAUGUUUGAGUGAGAAAUUGGUCUCGAUGAAAUUGAGAGUUCAAUGAACAACACAUACAAUGCAAGUAAAUCUACCUACUCAAACCCAUCUUCUAUUUCUAAAGCAGAAGGGCUUUCGGUGGCUGAACCAAUAGAAGAUUCUUCGUUGGGAAGCAAAGCUUAUAGCUUUGAUGAGUAUCUAAAGGUUACAGAAGAGCAACUGAAAGCUUACGAUCAGCUCCAAACCAAUUUUCCAGCACAAAGCCAGAGUGGAUCCCAAGUACAACGGGAAGAUGGAAGUCGUAUUCUUGGCCUCGGUGACCUUGGAGUUCAGGGAAUAGGAAUACCUAGAUUGGAGGGAGAAGAGUAUCUAUCAAUUGUUGAUGAUUUUAUGGAAGCCGUGCAUACAUGUUGGCCUAAAGCUAUUGUUCAGUUUGAGGAUUUUCAAAUGAAAUGGCCUUUUGAAACAUUACAACGUUAUCGUAAGAGGUUCUGCAUGUUCAACGAUGACAUACAAGGAACUGCUGGUGUUGCUCUCGUUGGCCUAUUGGGAACUGUGAGAGCUCAAGGGCGGCCAUUGAGUGAUUUUGUUAACCAAAAGAUAGUAGUGGUAGGGGCUGGAAGUGCAGGGCUCGGUGUUCUUAACAUGACUAUUCAGGCUGUUUCGAGAAUGGCAGGGAACAACGAUUCUAGUGCAAGAAUCUUUUUCUAACUUUCAUUCUCAAUUUCUGCAUCAGUCUGUCCA